CAAAAACAAAAGUCAUGAAUGAACGGUUACUGGAGUCUGGAAGACUUGGAGAUUUGCUGCCUGCCUCGUACGUCAACCAGGCAGUCGAAUCCAGGAGGAGCUAUGAGAACAAGCUUGCUUUGCUUUUAGAAAAAAAAAAGUGGCCAGAGGAAGGUUGGAGUGAGCAAUGGAUUGAAAUGUUUCUCUCAGAAAUAUCCAUGAUGGACACAAACAACUUCACAAAGAACAGUCAAGUGGGUGAACGUGAGGGCAGAGUCCUUUCAAGCAUUGUGGCCCGUAGGCAUUUCAGAUUAAUUCAUGGCAUUGGAAAAUCAGGAUAUUUAACGGAAGUUCAACCAAAGGCUGCUGGCUCAAGUCUUCUCAUGAAGUUGGCCAAUGCUCUGGCUACUGAUGCACUCAGACAAUUUGGCUUUACAAGCAUAUCAUCCGCCAUCAUCAUUCCCAUGGCAACUGGCAUGACCUUGACCUUUUGCAUGAUGACCUUGAAGAAGAUGAGAGGGCCGUCAGCUAGGUGGGUACUGUGGCCAAGAAUCGAUCAAAAGUCGUGCAUCAAGUCAGUGCUAGCUGCAGGUCUGCAGUUGUGUGUCAUAGAGAACGAGCUGGAGAAUGAAGAAAUCAGAACAAACAUGAAGAAGUUAACAGAACAAGUUGAUGUUUUAGGAGCUGAAAACAUUUUAUGUGUGAUGACCACAACAAGUUGCUUUGCUCCCAGAGCUCCGGACAGACUGGAAGAGGUAGCUGCCCUGUGCAAAGAGAGAAACAUUCCUCACCUCGUCAACAAUGCAUAUGGCCUGCAGUCGUCCAAACUAACACAUCUCAUCCAACAAGCCCAGAGAGUUGGACGGGUGGAUGUGAUCGUCCAGUCAACUGACAAGAACUUCCUUGUUCCUGUCGGUGGUUCCGUCAUCGCCAGUUACGAGGAUGACGUCAUUCGUCGGAUCUCAUCCAUGUAUCCGGGGAGGGCCUCAGCCUCAUCACACUUGGAUCUUUUGAUCACCUUCCUGCAAGUUGGUCUCUCGCAGUUUAAAAAUUUGCUUCGCGAAAGAAAGGAGAUGUUCGAGUAUUUGAAGUCGAAGCUGAACAGUUGUGCCGCUCAACACAAUGAGAGAGUUUUAAAUUCACCUAACAAUAAAAUUUCCAUCGCGAUGUCUCUCAGUAACUUCAAUCACGAAUCCGUCACGUAUAUUGGCUCAAUGCUCUUUACGAGGCAUGUUUCAGGUGUUAGAGUUAUAGCCCGCCAUACAGAGAGCAAGGUGGAAGAUCAUUCAUUCAUUGGAUUUGGUUCGAGCCACGACAACUAUCCGAGCAGCUACCUGACUGCUGCAGCGGCACUGGGCAUCACGAAAGCCGACGUUGACUUGUUCAUCGAGCGGCUGCACUCUGUACUCACGAAAGCGGGCAAGAACUCGAAGCUGUUGAACAGAGCAAAAGACGGCGACACUGACCAAAUUGCUGAUGCUAACGUAGAAGAACUUAAUAUUCGUAAUGAUGGUGGCGAUGAUGAUGCUGACCAGGGUGUUAAAAAAAUGCUGUGAUCAACUAGAUUUGCAAAGUUAACGUUUAUAUGACGAUCUCGAUUGUUGUGGGGCUUGGAUAGUCCAUCUAUACAUGCGGGGUAGCAAUACAAUCAAAUAUCAAUUUUUUCUUCAAACUUCAAUCCUUUUUACUUAUUAAUUAAUAUUGAUCAGUUAUUUAUUUUUUCUCAUUCUGCAAACAGUUUUCUACCCUUCAUAUUUUCGAAGUGCACAAACAUUUGUAGAUGCCUCAUCUUAAGAUAGUUACUUUCAAGCUUUCAUUGUAAAACUGCCCUUUUUCAGCCAAUGAGAAAGAUAAUUGUGAUAUGCAAAUUGAUCCAGUCUUAUUUUUCAACAAUUUUAUGAUGCGGUCAUAUAGUAAUUGGUUAUUUGAAUUUGUCCAUUUUAGUUGCAGAUGUUAAUAAAUGACCGUCACGCUCAAAAUUUUUUUAAUUAUGUACAAUUUGUUUAAUAUGCAUUUAUUAAAUUAUAUCAAUUCGGGU